UUUGAAAUUGAAGUUGCGGUCACACGCAGCACGGAUGCUUCAGUGAGUUGCAGGACGGGAUUAGGAUUCGGAUUCGGAUAAGGACACACGUAUCAAAAAUAUGAGUUUGCCGAAUGCGAACAUCAACAACAAUCAUGCAUCAUCGCCUGUGUACAGCAACAAUAGCACCAAUAAUAGCAACAAGUCUGUCAUAAAGAAAACAUCGAAAAACGAUCUGAUGCGGGCCGCCGUUGGUUUGCUUCUGAAGCAAAAGAAUUACGUGGGUAGCGAAAAGUUUCGCAAAUCGGAUUUUCUGUUGCUGCAGAACAAGAGUCAAUUUGCAGUCAACAAAAUGCUGGACAACGAUCUGCAUGGCGGCAACAGUUUCACUUACUCCAACGUUCAAGUCAUCACCAACAACCAGCACAUGGUCGACCAGCAGUUCGAACGCUUCUCCCAGUUUGUUGAGGCACAACCCGAGCAGCUGCGCCUGGAAAUGAAACGUUUCUACGCUCCCAUGCUGUGUCAUCUGUACCUGGAGCUGCUGAAGGCUCGCGAAUCAAAGGGCGCCGUCGAGCUGCUGAAAAAGUACGCUCACCUCGUUGCGCCUGUCGAUCUCUACGACGCUCCGUUACCCACGAAGAUCAACGGCUGUUCUGUGACGAGCGAGGCGCAGUUGGCGGCCGCCUCCGAGUGCCACAUUCGCUUUGCCAGCGAGGCACAAAACACCGGCGACACAGAGCUGGAUUACUUUAUGAAACUAGUACAAAUACUCUCGGGCUGCACCAAGCUGGAGACAGCCGAAGCAGAUGCCACUGUGGCGCAUUUUCGCGCCUCCAAAUACGAACUGCACACAACGGCUCAGGUGGUGGACAAGAUUGGUGCAUACUUGCAGGGACGUGGUCAUGUGCUCAUUAUGAAUCUGCUCUACACCUGGCUGCACAUUCACAUCGUCGACAACGAUCAGCGGCUGUUCAGUGAGGAUCAGCUGUUAGGCAUUAGCGAGGAAUUGGAACCCAUCGAUGGUUACGUCGAAGCGACGUCGACUUCCAACAGCCGCAGCAGUGAACACAACAGCAAGUCCAGCAAAUCGGGCGCCAAGAAACGCGCACCAGAAGAGCCCAUCUUCAAACUGGAGGCAGAUGUCAAGACGGAGGAAUGUGCCACGCAGCCGACGGCUUCGGAUAAAGCAAAACUCAAUACGGAUGCCUGCCUGCAAACACUUAAGACUUCCGCCACACAGCUGCUCAAGGCUCAAGUGGAGAUUCCAUGUUUCUACAGGAUUAGCGAACGCUCGCGUGGCCUCACCUCGGCCCAUGUGGAUGCCAACGAGUGCCACAUGCUGGCGGGCUUCGACAACUCUGCAGUGCAACUGUGGCAACUGAACCAGCAGCGUUGCAGAGGCAAGAGUUUGUACCGCCGAGCGCCGCACUCGCAAUGCAGCUGGGAGCUGAACAAUUGCCGUGACGACGAGCAGCCGGAGGAGGAACUGGACAGCGACAGUGAGGAGGCUGCAGCAGCAAAAUGCAGCGCCGAAGAGCGACGCGAACGCCAGAAAGCGCUGCGUAACAAAUAUGCAGACAACUCCUUCAAUGAGUUUGGCGGCCUCCAACUGCGUGGACACACUCGUGGUGUAACCAGCGUGCGUUUCUCGGCCCACUAUCCACUUUUGUAUAGCGCCUCCAAGGAUUGUACCCUGCGCUGUUGGCGAGCUCACAAUUUGAAGUGUGCGGCGAUCUAUCGCAGCCAUAACUAUCCCAUUUGGUGCUUGGAUGAGAGUCCCGUUGGCCAAUACGUUGUGACGGGUUCCAAGGACUUGAGCGCUCGCUUGUGGUCCUUGGAGCGCGAGCAUGCGCUCAUCAUCUAUGCAGGCCAUACCGAAGACGUUGAGUGCGUCGCAUUUCAUCCGAAUGGCAAUUACCUGGCCACCGGCUCCGCUGAUCACUCGGUGCGUUUGUGGUGCGCUACAAGCGGCAAGUUGAUGCGCGUCUUUGCCGACUGCCGUCAAGCUGUGACUAGUCUGGGGUUUAGUGCCGAUGGCAAGAUGCUGGCUGUGGCAGGGGAUGAAUCUAAGGUGCGCAUAUUCGACUUGGCUGCAUGCGCACAGCUGAGCGAGCUAAAGGAUCAUCCGAGCAGCGUCACUUCGCUGGCUUGGGGAGCACACAACCAACAGCUGGCCACGGGGUGCAGCGAUGGCAGCCUAAGACUGUGGGACAUUAAGAAACUGGCUCCCAUGAGCGAGAGCAGUAGUGGAGGCGGCGGCAGCAGCAGCAGCGGGGCAUACUCAUCUUCGUCAUCAUCCUCAUCAGCUACAACGAAUCGUCUCUUAACUCUAAAUAGUUCCUGCCAGCGUCUGGUCGAUGUAUUUUAUGGACGCAGUAAAACGCUCUACUGCAUAGGCACUUGAAGUGGAAUUGUCGUCGUAAACGUAAAAGUAAAUUGUAAUUCGUAAUUUGUUUUAAA